AAAAAGUCGAAAAGUUAUCAGACAUCAAACAGUUGUCCAAAGUAUUUUUUUAAUAAAAAAAAAAAUAUAUAUAUAAAUCAAAAAUGAAUUUCUUUGGAAUAACAUUGGUUAUUGGAUGUGCAAUUGCUAUUGCUAAUUGUGCACCAGUUGAUCAGCCAAUUGAAAUUUUAAAAAACACUUUUGAUGGACCAAAUGGUGAUGGUUCAUAUUCAUACCAAUAUGAAACAGCAAAUGGUAUUAAAGCACAAGAACAAGGACAAUUAGCAGGUGAAAAAUCAUUAGCUGUACAGGGAAGUUAUUCAUAUCAAGAUGAAAAUGGCAAUCCAAUUGAAGUUAAAUAUAUUGCUGAUGAAAAUGGAUUCCGUCCAGAAGGAGUACAUUUACCAGUUGCACCAGAAAUACCAGCAGCUAUUCUCAGAUCAUUGGAAUACAUUGCAGCUCAUCCACAACAAGAAAAAUUGUAAAUAAUCUUAUCAUUAAUGGAUUUUAAUAUGAAAAAAACAAAAAUUUAAAAUUAUCAUGUUAAUUCUUUAUCGUACAAUUUAUUUUUUAA